AUGCGCAAUUCAGGAGCCAACACUUCGCGACCACUGCGACCUCGAGCUGCCCGACUUGCGCCAGACAACCCCCCGUCCGAAACUACCGUCAUCGGCCCCCUUCACGCCGCCGUCUCUUCCGCCUCCCAAGCGAUCCUUCGGUCAGACACCGCACUCGCUGCGUAUUGGGAAAAUAUCUGCACCGCGUUCAUCGCCUCUGGCAUCACCACGCCCUUCGCCGACUGGUUGACGCAGACCUUCGGCAAUCAGCACAAUCUCCUCACGCUCGUACGCGCUGCUUUCGCGACACAGUGGCGGCAUAUCGAGGAGUCGUGUUCCCGCGAGGAAGUAGGCCGAAGGAGAUCAGCAGCCCACCGCCUGGGUCUCGACGAAAUUUGGCUGCUCUACCUCUGGUUCGGUGCAUCGGUCCAGUCCCAGCGUUGUUGGAAGAAACUUCCUCCGGGUUCGGCAAUCUCAGCUCGCCAACUCUUCGUCGAGCUCCGCCGGAUUCGCGAGCAGCAACCCCGCGGAAAACAUUACCUGGAAAAGUCCUUCGGUCCUCGGGAAUUUGAGAUCGCCUGUGGUGCUCUGACUGCCCGAGGCACGAACCAACAGCCCGACACGCGAGGCGAGCAGGACAAGCAAGGCAAGCAAGAUAAGGAACAACGGCCAGUCGAGAAGCCGCAGCAAGUCGAGAAGCACCGUCGAGUCGCGGAGCUUUAUCGUCUAAUGGACGAGCGGCGUCAAGUCGAGGAACAACAGCGCGUCAAGGAGCAGCGACUCAAAGAACGAGCCGACGAGCAAGAAACCAGCAAGACAGGACGCCGUCAGAGCCAGCUACAACACGACGACUCCGGAUUUUUUGACGGGUCUUCGGACAACGAAAGCGACAAGCAACAACACGGAGACGACUCCGAGCUUUCCGGCGACACUGACACGGUCGACAUGGGAACACGAGCAUCCUCCGCGGCCGCGAAACGCACAACAUCUCCCCAAGAGCCGUCAACGGACGAGCCUGACCCCAAGAGUCAAGAUAUAGCCAAGAAAAUAUCGGCUGCCAGGUCAAAGCUGGACGCGGUGCAGGACGAUUGUGCGGCCAAGAAGUCGGAGUGGGAGGAGGUAGCGCAGUCGGAGACCUCUGCAAUGCUCACAUACAAGAAGGACAUCGAUGCUCGCGUCAGUUCAAUCAUGAGAGGAGACGUGCAGGGUUUUGACCGUAAAGAGGAAUCGGGGGAGGACGACGAGGACGAGGAUGCCAGAGGCCUUGGAGAGUUGGAGCAGGACCUCAAAGCGGCCGCCUCCAGGAAGCGAAAGGCCUCGCGACAGAUCGAGAGCCUGACGGCCAAGUCGCAGAGGCUGCACGAGAGUAGGGACACGAUGCUGGCGCAAUUUGAGAAGGCGCUGGAGGGCCAUCUGGAGAGGAUGAAGCAGGAAGAGGAAACCAUUGUAGGGCCUGGCGAAGACCGGUGA